AUUGAUUUAUCUGGCACAUUUGAAAAGUGACUGACAUUGCAUUCAAGACAUAGCAACAUAAAAGCAAAGCUCCUCUACUUGAAUUGGGAAAGACAUCCUGAAUUCAGGCGGUCACUUGCAGUAGUUGGGAUAUCACAAGGUUUUAAGGGUCUGUGAGCGAUUGGAAGGUUAAAUUUAGAAGCGUUUUAGAGUCUGACAGUCAAUCUACACCCGCCUGUCAGGGCCGACUCAUUUCUUCUUCCUGUUAUUUUCAUGAUAAGUGCAAACUGGAGAGAAGAGCUGAAUUAUUGAUGAUUCUGAAAAUGGUAAUCCCUCUCCUUGUGCUACAAAUAAAGAGGUGGAUGAUUUUUUAAUUAGCGGAACUGUUUGUGUCGUUCACUGAUGUAUUUUAUCCUCUAUGAACUGCAUUUUAAAAUAAGUUCACAUCAACUGCUGCUCAGAUGGUUUGUAAUGAAGGAAACAUCAUCACAGAAAACAAAUCUAGUAUUAGUUAAAGCCAGACUUGUGUAACUUUAUAAAAUUGAAAAUCGAGCAUUUACUGUAUUCUUAUUUAAAUAAUAAUUUGCUUGUUUUCCAUUGUGUCAUUUAUUAAUGGCAGGGUUAGUCUGCUCUCCCUCUGUGUGUCUCUCUCAGCACUCGCUUGGGCUCUGGUUAGCGUGACUGUCUGCCUACCUCGUCUUACACCAGGAGGCCAAAGAACCGCCCACACACACUCUCUCGUGCUGUCGCUAUGACGACCUCGGCCCUGCGGCGACAGGUGAAGAACAUCGUGCACAACUACUCGGAUGCAGAGAUCAAGGUGAGGGAGGCGACCUCUAAUGACCCCUGGGGCCCGUCCAGCUCGCUGAUGUCAGAGAUCGCCGAGCUGACGUUCAGCGUGGUGGCAUACAGCGAGGUCAUGGCCAUGGUGUGGAAACGCCUCAAUGACCACGGCAAAAACUGGAGACAUGUAUACAAGGCGCUGACACUCUUGGAUUAUUUGGCUAAGACGGGUUCGGAGCGCGUCGCCCAGCAAUGUCGUGAGAACGUCUUCACCAUUCAGACUCUCAGAGACUUCCAGUACGUGGACCGCGACGGGCGAGAUCAGGGCAUGAACGUGCGCGAGAAAGCCAAACAGCUUGUAGCGCUGCUGAGAGAUGAGGAGCGUUUGCGUCAGGAGCGAACACAGGCACUGAAGACCAAAGAGAGGAUGGCGGGUGUAGGCGGGGUGGGCGGCGUGCCACCCGCGUAUAGCAGCAGACGCACCAGUCAGCCAAGCAUGGCAGCACUGUAUGGAGAAGACUUCAAUCACUCCAGAGGAUCACCAUCAUCAUUUAACUCAUCGUCCUCGUCUCCUCGAGCAUCUGAUCUGGAACAGACUCGACCGCAGACCAGCGGAGAAGAAGAACUGCAGCUGCAGCUCGCAUUAGCCAUGAGCAGAGAGGUCCAGCGCACGCAUCCAGGGGAUGAAGGUCAACUUCAGAAAGUUCAAGAGGAGAGCCAGAGAGAGAGAAAAUUAGGAACUGGAGAGUCAGCCGUGAUUGAUCUGGUGGAUAUAUUUGGCCCCUCGUCUGCUGUUCCAUUGAGCGAUGACCCUUGGGAUACCCAACCCACAUGUCCUGUGUCCUCUGACCCCUGGGAGUCUGUAGCUGUAGUAAACUCCAUCAACACAGUAGCUGGAAGUCCCUGGAAGCCCCGCCCUUCCUCCAGUAGCCCUGCCCACUCUUGGGGCACCCACCAAUCACCUCCUAAUCCCUGGGAAGUCCCUCCUUCAAAUCUCACCUCUAAUAUGACUGAACAAGCCUGCAGGAGCCAGGCAAGACCAGUGCCAAGUGGAAAGGAUCCAUUUUCCAUUCAAGAAGAGGAGGAUGAGAUUACAGAGGAGGAGGAGGAGGGGCUUAAAGUGGAGCAGGAGGGGCCAAACCGAGUGUUCAGCCCUCGCUGUGAGAGUCCUGCAGAUGUUGAUCAGUUUGGCGAGUUGGUAGUUGGCGUUCAUGUCAACGGGGUUGCAAGCGACAGUCCAGAGGCCAUUGACCUCUCUCAUCUAGGGCCUCCUCUUGAUGUGGUGGCCCCCAGACUGUGUCGGACCCCUGAGGCAUUCUUCGGACCCACCGCUGCCUCCCUCGUAAACCUUGACAUGCUUAUUUCAACCAACCCACCUGUCAAGAGCAAAAACCCCUUCCUGUCAGGUCUGAGCACACCAUCAUCCACAAACCCUUUCUACUGUGAGCAGCCAAGACUGACUCUGAAUCAGUUGAAACCCAACUCCACCUCUCCCCUGCCGGCCCACACCCUGUCCUACAGCCCGUCCCUCCCCCUGCCCUUGCUGCAGCAGAAGCCUCAGCCAUUGCCCUCGUCCUACACCCAGCCCCACCACGGCCUGCUAGAUAUGCCCAGUAACCUGCCCCAGCCUCUACUACCCCUCACCCCUGCCCCUAUCAUACCUUCCACAUUACUCCCACACCACAACGGUCAAGGCUACAACCCCUUCCUAUGAGGAUCAGACUGAAACUGGAUUGGAAUCAAUUUUGUUCACAUUUGUUUCUGAAGUGGAUUCUGUGAAAGUUUCAGGAAGUUUCAGUGUGGACGGACAAAAGUGAAUCAAGUGCUGAUUUACUCUGAAUUACUCUUCAUGAUUGAGUUUCAGUGUGGAUGGACAAAAGUGAAUCAAGAGCGGAUUUACUCUUGAUUGCUCUUCGUGAUUGAGUUUCAGUGUGGACGGACAAAAGUGAAUCAAGAGCGGAUUUACUCUUGAUUGCUCUUCGUGAUUGAGUUUCAGUGUAAACAGUCAAAAGUGAAUCAAGAGCAGAUUUACUCUUUGAUUGCUUUUUGUGAUUUGGUUUCAAUGUGAAUAGACAAAAGUGAAUCAAGAGCGGAUUUACUCUUGAUUAUUCCUCAUGAUUUGGUUUCAAUGUGAAUGGACUGAAGUGAAACAAGUUCAGAUUUACACAGUAUUAUUCCUCAUAAUUUGGUUUCAAUGUGAACAGACUAAAGUGAAUCAAGGUCAGAUUUACACAGACAUAUUUCUCAUGAUUUGGUUUCAGUGUGAACGGACUGAAGUGAAACAAGAUCAGCUUUACACAGUAUUAUUCCUCAUGAUUUGUUUUCAGUGUGAACGGACUGAAGUGAAUCAAGAUCAGAUUUACACAGUAUUAUUCCUCAUGAUUUGGUUUCAAUGUGAACAGACUGAAGUGAAACGAGAUCAGAUUUACACAGUAUUCUUCCUCAUGAUUUGGUUUCAGUGUGAAUGGGCAAAAGUGAAUCAAGAGUGGAUUUACUCUUGAUUACUCCUCGUGAUCUGGUUUCAAUGUGAACAGACUGAAGUGACUCAAACUGAUUUGAAUGCCUCAUUUGAAAUAUUACUAAAGAACAAAUCAGGGUUUUCUUUCUAACUUUCUAAUAAGACAGUAAAUGUUAAAUGGUGACUGGCUUUAUUAACUUGAUAUUUAAAAUGGCAUCUAUAUACAGUGUAAUAGAUAAUGUAAGAAUAAACGCUAAGGCUGGAUUAUGGCAUAGCUUUAUAGUGAAUUUAAACAUGAAAUCAAUAUUUACUCAAUUUGCUCUUAAAUACACAUUCCUGGUCUUAUUUUCCUAAAUAUAUUGGUACAUGAUAUUCCACUGAAAAAAACAAGAAAUGUUUGUCUCUAAAAUCUUACAUCAAAACAUAUUAUCUUGCGCCAUCUUUGAAGCAACUUUCCUUUUCGGCUGAUGUCACAAAAUCAAGUACAACCUUACAUUUCUUUUUCUCCUUGAAUAUACAGUUUCACUCAGAAAUGUCACAUUGCAGAAGUCAAAUGAGUUGUGAAUGUGUUUCAUUUAGACUUCAACGUUUACAAAAUACUCUACCAAAGUACACGAAUGCCAAUUAUGCGUUCUAAAAUGAGUCAGACCACAAGUACAUGCUGCGUUCUCAGCGUUGCCACAAGGGGCACUAUAGCGAGAUUAGUGUGAACUGUCCGCUUCUACGGUGAGUUUUCUCUAUCAAAUCAACUACUGUCAUGACGAAGCAACAGUUUGAAGACAAUAUUGCUGAGGAAUUCGGUUUAAGUAACUAAACAAUAACACAUCCAGUUUAAUUGCACACUUUUAAAGAUGAAGUGCUGAAGAUUGUUACCGCCAUGCUAAUCAAGAACGUACGUUAAGACGGCGAUUGCAUCUGUGUGCGCCGUAUUUGCGUAAAGUUUGUUUCUUGCCUAAACCAAAGCUGGCUUCAUGUUCAAAAGUUCUCAAUGCUUUGCUCUUUUGAUACAGAGAUUGCAUGCUGUGUAUGAAUUUAAGAAAAGGUUUGAAUGUCAGUAUUUUAGUCAAAAAUAUACUCUCAGCUGUAACGUGUGGGACUGAAGAUGGAAAGGCAGGGAAAUGAAGGGACUUGUCACUGCGAAUAUAUGCAUCACAUACUAUUUCUAUACACAAAUAUUUUCUCAUUUACAUUCUGUUGCCUUGUAUCGAUGGAUCACUAGGAAUGUUUGACGCACAGGAUCUAGCACUGAUUGUUACCGUCCCAUAGACAGUCCCACAAUGCAUUGGGGCUGGCACCUCACUUGCUGUUUGUAUCUCCAGAGCGCCACCCACAGGAAAAAGACAUACAGACAAUACUUAAUGCUGAAUUAUCCUAUGCUGUUGUUUCCUCCACUCAGAAAAAUGAUUUAAUAACCAGCUUUACUGUUAAUCUCUGCUAAUGAAUAUGACACUGAGUUCAGCGUAUUCCUCAUUAAAGGGAACCAGGUUAAUCGUUUAUUCUGUUACAAGCUGGUGUAUAUUCAUGACACUAAUAAAUUAAUG